AUGGGUUUUAGUCGCCCUGUGCUCCCGCUGCUGCUAAUUUCAUUGCUGAAUUUCAGCACUUUCAGCACGACAUCUAAGUGCUCCUUGUUCUGUGCCCGACUUCCUCAGAGAACUCGAAGGCUUUUCUCGCAUUCGGGGAAAAGGUCCACGCUUUGGGACUGGGCCUCCGCUCCUGGCUCGAUUGGCUCCAUGCCACGCUGGCGUUCGGGUCCGGGUGGAGCUGCUGGGAACGGGGGCGCGGGCUACCAAGCAGGCGUCAGCUCAGGCCCCUACUGUAGCGCUGGCCCUCGCCAACGGGGCCCUCGAUGGGAGCAGGAGCUGCAAGGCGACACCGGUGGUGGAGUGUGGUAUUUCGGAUUCGGGGCCAACAUCAACCCUUGGAAGCUGCGAGAGCGACGAGGCAUCAUACCAUUGGCAGAGGUUCCGGGCAAAGUUGUUGGGUGGAGGCUUUUGUUCAAUCACAAGGGCGGUAUGGGAAAUGUGCAGCGUUUGGAUGAACUGCCGGCUGACGAUGGCCCAGAUGCAGUUCAUGGAAUUCUUCUCCAGCUCACCACCAGGGAUUUUGCCAAGCUUUGUCAAAUCGAGUAUGAGUACCGUACAACGGAGCUAAAUGUGGAGUCAUACGAUGGUAGAGUCAUUGCUGCGCAGGCCUUUGUAAGUCCAGCUGAGUGGAAGUUGCCGACGAAUGUAGCGCCACCAGAGCGAUACUUGAAGCUUAUUCGAGAAGGUUGCAAGGAGAUGGGCAUUGAUUUCUCAUACCAGAGGUGGCUACAGUCUAUUUCCAGCAACAAAGGGCAAAGAGGCCCAGAGUAUUGGGAUGCCCCGGCAAACAGGCAAAAGCGAGCCAAGAAAGGGUCAAGCCCGAGUGUUCGGGACGAUCCAGAGCGACCCCUCAAACUGGCCGCAUUGUCACACUUCGCUGUGGGUGCAGGCGAGGUGGGUAGCUUGGUGGAUAUCGGGGCAAACUUGGGUAAGUGCUCACCUCAAGAUCUUGCUGCGCAGCUUGUGCGAGCCUCUGCCUCGCAAGUGAGCCAUGUGAUCCUCACAGGAUGCAGUGUCAAGGGAUCCAGGGAUGCCAGCCGGCUUUGUCGGGAAUGGACGGGGCCGACAGGAUGGUCAAAGGCUCUGAAGCUUGUGGGCGCUGCCGCUCAGAGAGAGAUCCAGGAGACUGGGGUUGAGGUCCUUCCAAACCUGCUCUUUACUGCCGGUGUCCAUCCGCAUGAUGCGAAGAGCUGCAAUCCGGAGACCUUGGAUACUUUGAGAUCAUUGGCGGGCGAGAAAGCUUGCGUUUCAAUUGGGGAGUGUGGCCUAGACUAUGACAGGAUGUUCUCACCACGAGAUGUCCAGUUGCACUGGUGCCGACAGCAAGUGGAACUUGCGGUGGAGUUGCGCAUGCCUUUAUUCCUCCAUGAGCGAGACCGAGAUGCGAGCAAGGGAAAGCCAUUGGGGUCGUCAGAUGAUCUUCAGCGCAUCCUCAUGGAAAGUGGCGUGUCUCCGAAGAUGGCCUGCAUUCACUGCUUCACGGGAAAGGCCGAAGAUCUGAAAGCUUACGUCUCCAGAGGCUAUUUCAUCGGCCUUACUGGCUUCGCUGCCAUGAAGAAGCGUGGAGCACAUAUUCGACAGCUCCUUCAAGAUGGCGCAAUUCCACUCGAGCAACUGAUGAUAGAGACAGAUUGCCCUUUCAUGCUGCCGGACAGAGAGUAUCUUCCCGACACCCUGGGCGUUCGCGGCCGCACAAACGAACCAUGCUGCAUGCCGGCGGUUUGCCGAGCAGUUGCUGAGUGCCUCGAGGUGCCGGCAGAAGACGUUGCCAAGGUCACAACAGCCAACUCUCGACGGUUCUUCGGCUUAUAG